GGCGCUCAGAGCGCCUGCAUCUGCUUGGCCACGGCUAGCACUUGGCAGUUGAGCGGCGGACUCUCGGAAGGCACACAGCACAAGACAAGAGAAGUGCAACCAACGAAGGGACCUGACUGUGGACAAGGCCAACACCCCAGGAGGGAAGAGCAUUGAUGGCAAACUUCAAGGGCCAUGCUCUCCCAGGUAGUUUCUUCUUGAUAAUUGGCCUGUGGUGGUCAGUGAAGUACCCACUGAAAUACUUUCACCAAAGAGGGAAGAAGAACAAGCUAAAUCAUCUUCAGCAGCGUAUUGAGCUCAUUGAAGCCACUGUCAGGACUUUGUUUUCAUUCAUCGGGAUCCUGGCAGAACAGUUUGUUCCUGAUGGGCCCCACCUCCACCUCUACCGUGAAAACCACUGGGUAAAACUAAUGAACUGGCAACACAGUACUAUGUACUUAUUCUUCGGAGUCUCAGGAAUUGUUGACAUGCUCACCCUCCUGGUCACCCACAUCCCCUUGGGAGUGGACAGAUUGGUCAUGGCUGUGGCAAUAUUUAUUGAAGGUUUUCUCUUCUACUUCCACGUUCAUGACAGACCUCUGCUGGACCAACAUAUCCACUCACUCCUGCUAUUUUGUUUAUUUGGAGGAAGUAUCAGUGUAGCCCUAGAGGUGAUCUUUCGGGACAAUAUUGUGCUGGAACUUUUCCGAACCAGUCUCAUUAUUUUCCAGGGAACCUGGUUCUGGCAGAUUGGAUUUGUGCUGUUCCCACCUUUUGGGACACCUGAAUGGGACCAGAAUGACAAGGCCAACAUCAUGUUCAUCACUAUGUGCUACUGCUGGCACUACCUGGUAGCCCUCUGCAUUGUGGCCCUCAACUACUCUCUUGUUUACUGCCUUCUGACUCGGAUGAACCGACAUGGAGGAGGAGAGAUAAUUGGGAUUCAGAAGUUGAAGUCCAGUCACACUUAUCAGACUGCCCUUUUGAGUGGCUCAGAUGAGGAAAGAGAUUAAACCAUGCGGAGAUGGAGACCUCCCAUCCUGCUGAGCCCAACAGCUGGAGUGAAUGCAGCUCCUACCCUGUUCUGAGGCUUGCGCCUACAGCACUGUAUAUACAGCACUUCACUUAGCUGGAGGCUCUAAUACAUGAAAUUAGGCCUCUGCUUUGUGUGUCUUAUUGCUUGGAUUUUUAAUGAUAAUUUAAAGUCUGUGUAGUGUAAUAAUAUCCUUCAUAAAGAAUGCUGAAGUAAUAAUACCUGUAAGCAGUAAACCCAUGUGUCUCCACGUACAGAAACCAGACUGAAAUCCUAAAACAGGAAGUGGCUUUCUGGAUGAAACAAAGUAUGAAUCCAGCUACUUUUGAUAAUUUGCCUCUUUUUCUCCAAGGAAGCAGGUACUUUAUCAAAAAGAUAUCAGGAGAUAUGUGAAUGACAGUGCAUUUAAUUUAGAACCACAAUUUUAACUUAGGUAUUUUUUUUAAAUCAAAAGCAAUUCACAAACUUAUCUUAAAUGUUGUUAAAUAUUUUCUAACUAAUCAUAUCAGAACAUUGCAGCUCCACAGUUGAUAAGUUAUAAAACUAGGCCAAAGGUAAUUUUUUAAUCAGAAAGUUAGUUAGCAGCUGAACUGAGAGUUGGAAUUAGCUGUUCUGACUCUUCCAAGUUGACCCUAAAGGAGAGGCAGGAAAUAAAAGGACAGAGAAGAAUGUGUACAAUGAGGUAGAGAGAAUGUAAGGUUAUGGAAGGGCUUGAAUUUUAACAUAGCUAAGCAAAGCUAUGAAUUCUGAAUUAGUAAAUUAAGUUUUGAUACCAUAGUCUUGAUUCUGGAUGUGUUUUUUUCUAAAACUUCCUUCAAUAGAUAUUAAACAUUCACUUUUCACCAGCACUGAAAUGGUUAUAAGAAUUAAUCCAGUAUGGGUUCAGUAAGGAGCUGAGAAACUCACAUUAGGGAGAAACUUACAGGUGAAUACUCAGUGAUGGGCACUGUGAACGUUAAGCACAAACCAUGAGACAUGAAGGAGAAGAAAGGAGGAGUUUGCCCUAUAGAAAGAAAAUGCCCAUUCCAGGCAUAGAGAACAGUAAUACAAAAACAACAGAACACUGAAAGGACAUGGAGAAUUGAAUGGGGAUAUAGUUCUGAAUAUAAAUGGAAAAAGUGGGCUAGGACCAAAUUGAAAGGUCUUAAGAGACCAAAGAAUACCUCGGUACAGCAUUUUUCAAUUCUGAGAUGCAUUCUAUCUCAUUUGGUCUCAUCACUGACUACACCUUAAGC